UGCGGUAAGAGGACUCAAAAUAUGGUUCCGAGUUUCCCGGGCGAUAAUGGAGAUCGGCCCCGCCGCUACACACUGCCGACCACAACUGUAUUGGCCAAAGAACAUCAACACUCAGGUCUAAAGGGGGGGUCCAGGGACUGCAGUUUCAUCGAGCCAGCUUGAGCCAAAGUGGCUACGUUAUCGAUGUCGAAAUCGAUGUACAUUGUGUGUGCGUAUGUGUGUGCGAAAUGCGGGUCGAAACAAAGGAUCUCCCCACAUGGGCGACAUCAGACGGCACUUCGAACAAACAUUGAUAAGACGCAUGCCUGAAUGGCUGGCGACAUGCUUCGGUACCAUCCAGCACAUGACACGACGUCGCAUUUGUCGCGAACAUUAUUCUCGAAGCAGAUCUGACUUGACAUGGUGCACCCAGCUUACAUCAGAGUAACGACUCAUGGAACAUCAUGACUGGUGAGAGGAGCACCAACAACUUUGGGAGGAGAGGGGCCUACGAGGAGGAGAAGAGAGAGGAGGAGGAGGAGGAGGAGGAGGAGGAGGAGGAGGAGGAGGAGGAGGAGGAGGAGGAGAAGGAGAAGGAGGAGGAAACUGUGCCUUCCCUUCGCGAGGGGCGCGGACUGGCAGCAUUCCCCGGUCCAGCGAGCCAGAGGCGUGCUGAGAUCUCCGGUAACAGGUUAACAAUAUUUCUAGUUCGCGCGCACGUGGCGGCCCCUGGGGACCCCUGGACGAGAAGUACCUCGGCCGAUGCCUCUGAUCCACCACCACCCGCCUCCGAAAAGUGGAAGUCGCCGAACGGCACCGCAUUGACAACAACACCCCAACAAAUGACAGCGGCGAGGCAAAAUGGGCCGGCGAAAUGAGCGAAGCGAUAAGCUGGUCACUCUCAUGACCUUCUACCACGAGCCGACAAACGACGCCAGGAGGAACAUGACACAUCAAUAUGGAUUGGCGUGCCUCCGAGGAGGCCCGUCUGGGCAGUCUUUGUCACUCUCGGUGUUCAACCAUUCUUCAUCAUCCUUCGGAAUGUUCACGUAGUGUUUCGCCCGCACGGAUUUAGCAUCUCUGAUGCAUAUGGGCACUUUCGUUGAAUUUUGAGCAUCACCUGGAACAUCGAUGUGGUAGACAUGCUUCCUGAAAUUGCCCAUACAGUCCAUACAAUCCUGACGGCAACCCAUGCAGCAAGCGUCGUCAUCGCCAACGGGAACCGUUCGCAGAAAUUCUUCAAAACACGGGAAAAACUUCCGUGGAAUUGCAUGGAAGACAUCACAGCUCCCACCAUCACCCAGCUCGCAAUUGUUUACUGGCCAUUCGAAAGCGUUCAUGUUGUUCUUCAUGUUGCAACCCCAUGAUCCCGCUUCUCUCGUAUGCAUCCAUCGCAUGAUGAAAACAUAAUCGUAUGCAACGUCAUGCUCGGCGGAAUAGUCAAGAACCAUUCUGGCCGCGGUUUGCAAGCCCCCUUGCUGCGUGCCAUUCUGAACUCUGUUCAUUGUUAACUUGCGCAGACGGUCCCCGUAUAUUUCAGAGAUCGCACGGUCAACACUGUAAGAUGGAGUGAAGGUGCGCGGGCCAUUGCAGUGGUAGCUUGUGCCCAGCACGUCAACGGCGUACCCCAGGCCUUCCAGCUCGGCUAUGAAGGCAAAGUGAUCGGCCGCAAUGUACUCCUUGUGUCGCUCCAGCGCCUCCGGCGUACAAGUGAACCUGUGAAGAUGAUAGCCGAGAUCUCUGCCCACGACCGCUUCGUCGUUCUCCUCUCGGAUCUCGCCGCGGAAGACGAGAGCAAUCCGGCGAGCGGGCCCCGUCCGCGCUCCCCAGCGGCCGGCCGCCGCCUCGCAGCUCGGCGCGGGCGCCGCGGCACCGCGCAGGCCGCCCGCGCGCGGGGCGGCGAGGAGCACGGGCAGGCAGCGCAGGGCAGCUCCGUGCCGCAUUCGGUAUCGGGCUGCACACGUGGUGUGCACGUGGUGUGCACGUGUGUGUGCACGUGUGUGUGUGUGUGUGUGUGCGUAGGGACGGGUCAGUUAGCGCAUUGAGCUGCAGCUCAAGAGAGAACGAUCCGGCGCCUUGAGCCAGACU